UAGCGGAACUAGCGAUAGAUAGUGCAGACUGGUGCAGGCUGGUGCAGGAUUGUUACGCACAGGACGGAUUGUUACGCACAAGAGAGAAGAAUGAAUACGGAUCAAUUAAAGCACAAAUGUGGGUAUUGCGGGAGACUGUUCAGCUUUACGAAUUUUAUCGAGCAUGAAUGCUUUAAGCAUUAUGUGGAGGAUGAAGAUCGCAUUUGUGUGGAUGAAAAUUAUGUUGUGACAAUAUGCACUGCAAAGACUGCCGAAGGUCCUGCAUGUAAAGAUACUUUGGAUGAACUCUUGAUUGGGGCUGUGAAGGAAAGGAGAGCACUUUACGACUAUACUAUACCUGCUUCUCAGAGAACAAAUUUGCGUAAAAAUGCGUUAUGGUUAGAAGUAUCCAAUCUUUUAGGAGGUGCUCUUGGUCCAGAGGAAGCUAAAGCUCGCUGGAAGUAUCUGCGAGAUAAUUAUGCAAAAGCUCGCAAAAAGGCAAAAGCCUACAUUCCCAGUGGAUCGGCAGCUAAAAUUGGUGGACUAAAGAAAUCUAAAUUUAGAUUUUAUGACCUCAUGACAUUCUUGAAUGACUUUCUUGAAACACGGCAGACUGUCAGUUCAUUGCCAGACGUUACUGAAAGUCAAGUAUAUGCAACAUCUACGCAAUACGAGGACGAUAGUGUUGCUUCAUCUUCACAGUUCACCGAUAUUCCUUCUCAGACUGCUAUCCAUACUUCUCCAACGAUGCAGACUCCCAUUCGUGUUUCUCCAAAAACACCAAUCUCGUUGUCAAAAUAUCUCGUUUCUCCGCGAAUCUCAACAGAAGACAGCGUCUCUCCAGAAAUACCGCCAGCCCUCAGUAAAACUUCACCAAUACCGGCCACAAAUUCGAAAAGACCAUUGCAAACUGCUGACUACGAUUUAGAUAAACCCCCCCGGCAAACCGCUGCAAAGAAAAAGCAAAAGGGCGAAGAUUUGCAAACAGCGUUGAUAAAAGCGUUGAAAGAGGAUGACUCAACAGUGGAGCCAGCGCAAACUACUGAUCCGCUAGAUGGAUUUUUAAUUCGAUUGGGAGAAGGUAUGCGAAGGUUGCCAUAUCGUGACAGAGCUCGCCUGGAAAUACGAUUUCUAACAUUGCUUGCAGAGACGGAAGAUUCUUGUGAGAAUAAAAAAGAAUAAUCGAUGCGUUAAUUGCAAUAUUAAUUAAAAACGUUUCCUUUCAUUUAUUACAAAUUAGUUUUACAUACAGAGGCAUUCAUACAUACAUUACGUAUACACACAGCGCACUCGCUCUUACUUAUAAGUCAUCCGCGAAAACGCAAUACGUUACAAAAAAAUAAUCGUUUCAACAGGUGGAUGACAAAUAUAAUAAUUAUAGUUAUAUAAGUAUAUAAGUUUUAGUUCAAAAUUUUGUACUGGUUUACGCAAACAUAUGAAAUAAAAAGUUUAACAAUGGCAUUGUAUAUUCUUAA